AUGUCAGCGGAACAAGCUUUUAAUGAAAACUGUGGCGAUGAAAACAUCAUCCUAAUAUCGGCAAUAUCGUUCUUAUUAUUUAUACCUCUUGCAUUGCUCUACGCGUUGUCGCUUCUCGCGUUUUUCAACAGAAACAAGAUGUUUCAUCCGAAUUUUGCAACUGUACUGCUUUCUCUUCUUCUAGUCUAUACCUUUGGAUCAACGACUCAGGUUAUCCGUAAUAUUUCCUUCUUUGCACUUCCCUCGAAGUUCUCAAUUGAGACAAGAAGUUCCAGUGUGCGAAAUAUUGAAAAAAUGUUCGUCAUUCUUGAUUUUAUGGUCCAACCAUUUGUAUUGAUUGGAUUAAUCGAACGCCUUUGCGCAACCAUCUUCGUUUCAAAAUAUGAGAAUUGGCGACCGUGGGUCGUGCUGGCCUGCGCUUACACAGCAGCUUGUUAUGUUGUUUCGGUAGAAUUCGAACAUCGGAAAGACCUGGAGAACAGCAACAUAACCAAAAAGAUUCAAGCUAUUUUCGCAUUGGUGACUUCAUUGGGUCUUAUUGUCUUGUUAACCGCUAAUCGCAUAAUGAUAAAAGCCUCUGCCGGAAAAUCGAAACUCUCAAGACGAUACCAAUUGGUUGAAAAUGUGAAGGCUCUAAGGUUAUAUGUCCCAAUUAUCGUCAUUGAUUCAACAGUUCAAUGGAUUUUGCUGGCCACUGACACUUUCUUCCAUGUUUCCUAUGUUCUCGACUUGAAUCUCUGUUACGACGUUCAUCAAUAUCUAAAGAAGUUUUUACUUCUCCGAGUGGUUCGCAAUGUACUCGGCCAGACAGUUUCCGGACAGGAUACGGGCCUCGACGGACAAGCGGCGCAUUUCAGACAACUGGAAAUUCAUUGGAAAUGA